GACUGCCCUGCCUCCAGGGCCACACCCUGGUUCCAAUCCCUUCAGAAAGGCUCUGUAGCUCUGCCCUCAAGCACAGCUGCACCUCUGAGAGGAGAUGCCAUGACCUUCACCUUCACAGCCCUGCUCAGUCUUGGACUGACUCUGAGCCUCUGGGUUCCAGUGCUGACAGGGUCCCUCCCUAAACCUAUCCUCAGAGUACAGCCAGAUUCUGUGGUCAUAGUGGGGACUAAGGUGACCUUUUUGUGUGAGGAGACAAUCAGAGCCAAUGAGUACAAUCUCUAUAAAAACGGAAACCUACAUACAAAAUUUACAAAGAACAAACAGAAGCCAGCAAACAAGGCUGAAUUCUCAUUAUCAUAUGUAGGGCAGCAAGAUGCAGGGCUAUAUCGAUGUUCCUACAGGACCCAGGCUAAAUCAUCAAACUACAGUGACCCCCUGAAGCUCAUGGUGACAGAAGCCUAUGAGAAACCCAUCCUUUCAGCCCAGGCCAGCCCUGUGGUGACUUCAAGAGGGUAUGUCACCCUCCAGUGUGAGACCUGGCAGAAAUACCACAGGCUCAUUCUGAUUGUAGGACCACAGAAGCGCUCUUGGAGGCAGGACUCACAGUAUAACAACUCUACAAGGAAGUACCAUGCCCUGUUCACUGUGGGCCCUGUGACCCCUAACCAGAGAUGGAUAUGCAGAUGCUACAGUUAUGACAGGAAAAGACCAUUCUUGUGGUCAGCUCCUAGUGAAGCCCUGGAGCUCCUGGUCUCAGGGAACCUCCAAAAACCAACCCUCAAGGCUGAACCAGGCUCUGUGAUCGCCUCUGGAGGAGCAAUGACCAUCUGGUAUCAGGGGAACCUGGAUGCAGACAUAUGUUUUCUGCAUAAUGAGGGAAACCAAAAAACACACAGCACACAGAUCCUACAGGAACCUGGGAACAAGGGCAAGUUCUUCUUCCCUUCUGUAACACGACAACAUGCAGGGCAAUAUCGCUGUUAUUGUUACAGCUCAGCUGGUUGGUCAGAGCCCAGUGACGCCCUGGAGCUGGUGGUGACAGGCAUCUAUGACUACUAUGAACCCAGGCUGUCAGUACUGCCCAGCCCUGUGAUGACAGCAGGAGAGAACAUGACCCUUCAAUGUGUCUCCCAGAAAGCAUAUGAUAAGUUCAUUCUCACCAAGGACGAUCAGAAGUUCACUAGCUCACUGGACACAGAGUAUAUAUCUUCUAGUGACCAGUACCAAGCCCAGUUUGUUUUGAGACCCACAACUACAGCCCACACAGGGACAUUCAAAUGUUAUGGUUACUACAAGAAUACCCCACAGCUGUGGUCAGCACCCAGUGCUCCCCAACAAAUACUCAUCUCAGGGCUGUCCAAGAAGCCCUCUCUGCUGACUCACCAAGGCCAUAUCUUGGAACCUGGAAUGAACCUCAUCCUGCAGUGUUUCUCUGACAUCAACUAUGACAGAUUUGCUCUGCACAAGGAUGGGAGAGCUGACAUCAUGCAGCACUCUAGCCAGCAGACUGACACUGGCAUUUCCAUGGCCAACUUCACACUGGGCUAUGUGAGCCACUCCACUGGAGGCCAAUACAGAUGCUACGGUGCACACAAUCUCUCCACUGAGUGGUCAGCCUCCAGUGACCCCCUGAACAUCCUGAUCACAGGAUGGCUCCAAAUCACUCCUUCCCUCUCAGUGAAGCCUAACUCCACAGUACACUCAGGAGAGAACGUGACUCUGCUGUGUGGGUCAAUGUACAGUGUGGACACUUUCAUUCUGUCCAAGGAGGGAUCAGACCAGCAACCCCUGCGACUAAAAUCAAAGUACCAUGAUCGGCAGUCCCAGGCAGAAUUCUCCAUGACUGCUGUGACCUCCCAUCUCUCAGGCACCUACAGGUGCUAUGGUUCUCAAGACUCAUCUCUCUACCUGUUGUCCUUUGCCAGUGCCCCUGUGGAGCUCACAGUCUCAGGACCCAUCAGACCCUCCACCCCACCACCCACUACGUCCAUGCCACUAGAGGGACUGCAAAGGUACCUAAAGGCUCUGAUUGGAGUGUCUGUGGCCUUCCUCCUGUUCCUCUUCAUCCUCAUCUUCAUUCUCCUCAGACGAAGGCAUCAGGGAAAAUUCAGGAAGGAUGGUGAGGAGGCCCAGAAAGAGAAAGAAUUGCAACUUUCUACAGGAGCUGCAGAGCCCAUAACCAGGGAUAGAGAACCCCGGAAGAGGUCAAACCCAGCUGCUGCUACCCAGGAAGAAAGGCUAUAUGCUUCAGUGCAGGACAUGCAAACUGAGGAUGGUGUGGAGCUGAACAGUUGGAAACCAUCUGAGGAAGAUCCCCAGGGAGAGACAUACGCCCAGGUGAAACCCUCCAGGUUCAGGAGGGCAGGAGCUGUCUCACCUUCUGUCAUGUCAAGGGAACAGCUGAGCACAGAAUAUGAACAAGCAGAAGAGUGCCCAGAAGUAAACAGUCAGGCUGCCGAAUCCGAGGAAUCCCAGGAUGUGACCUAUGCUCAGCUGUGCAGCAGGACUCUCAGACAGGGGACAGCUGCAUCUCCUCUCUCCCAAGCAGGGGAAGCCCCGGAGGAGCCCAGUGUAUAUGCUGCUCUGGCGGCUGCCCGUCCAGGGGCUGUUCCCAAGGACAAGGAACAAUGACCCUAUGCCUGCCAGGAUGCCUAACAGAGACCUCCAAGGGACUCUGGGAACUUUUGGAAACCUGACUGCACUUUAAGUAACAUCACAGUUGGAAAUAAAGCCAGAGAUUUCUCAAUAA